UCCAUGCUGCGUGUCUCCUCAUUUGGAGCCUGCCAUGCUGCGAAUCCAGUCGGCGUUCUCCGGCGCUGACGUGGCCUGCAUCGCGGCGGAGGAGUUCCGGGACCUGGUCGGCGUCGACACGGGGACGGAGUCGUUGCCCCUUAAAGGCUGCCGGAUCCGACGACUCAAGCAGCAUCUGCAGAGACAUGUGGGAAAAGGUCGAUUUCAACAGCAGCUCUUGUUGCAGGGUGAGAUCUUGAAAGAUGAUGAGGAAGUGCAGCCGCCAGUGACUUUACAGCUGGCCCUGUUGCCGCUCUCUGAAGGGAAAGAGUUGUUGGAAGCUGCAAGACGAGAGGACAUCGAGUUGCUGGAGACCUUGCUCUUGCAACCGCAAGAUCCAAAUGCAGUGGGUGACGCUGGAGAAACGGCGCUGCAUUGGGUUGUGGAGCGGGGUGCCGCAAAGUGUUGCGGCUUGCUGAUCGAAGCCGGAAGUCUCGUGGACCAGCUGAGUCUACCCCGAUUUUUUGGUGGGGUAGCUCCUCUACACAUGGCUUGCCAACGCGGACACCUGGAAAUCCUGCGAAUGCUCCUGGCAGCCAGAGCAGACCCAGACCAGGCAUCAUGUGAUGGUGGCAGGCCGUUGAGCAUCGCCUCAAGCCGCGGUCACUUGGAGGUGGUUCGAUUGCUGCUGGAUGCAGGUGCGAAACUGGAGCAUUCGGGCUCUCAUAGCAGUGGACAUCCACUGCUGCUGGCGGCACAGCGAGGAAAUUUGGAAGUCCUGAGAAUGUUGAUAGCAGCAGGAGCUGACGUCAACAGGGCAACGAACUUGGGCUACACUCCGUUGCUGGUGGCGACUCAACGAGGCCACUGCGAAGCGGUGCGUGUGCUGAUCGAAGCAGCAGCCGAUGUGAAUCGCCGCACCCUGGCGGGCUCCUCUCCUCUGUACCAGGCCUGUCGCGAUGGCACUCGGCACAUCGCCCAGCUGUUGCUGACAGCGAAGGCGAGCAUCCACAACACUUGGGACACCAGUCCCUUCAUCGCUGCCUGUGUUGAAGGUCACCUGGACCUGGUGAAGCUCCUGCUGCGGCACUGCGACCAAGGCCACGAUGGGCAGCUGGGUGCCCUGGCUCCUGCGGUGGCGACCCUGGAGGACCCUCAGCUGGUGGAGCAGGUGCUGCGGAUGAUGCGGAAGCGCAGGGAAGCGGAUGACGAGGAGCUGGUGACUAGAGCCACUACAAGACUAAAAUGUAGUUUCAGAAGGACUGGAUGAAGACCCACUGAAGGCUGAAACGGAUUCAAAGUGGAUUCAAAAGUAGAUCCAAACAGAUUAAAAAGGAGAGUUAGACUUUGCUGGAAGGAAUCAGUACUUUUGUGCUGAUCAGAGGGAGUCGGAGCAGUGCUCUAUGUCGGCGUUUGUAGAUGGAGCAGCACCAGCGACACCAGAAACGUUUUGAAGCUGAGGGUCCUCUUGCAGAGGCGACAGUUGCAUGAAACACAGAUGAUCAAAUUGCCAAAGGCGCACAAUGUAAAGCUGUCAGCAAUGAAGAGCGAUUCAGGAUGGCCAAUGGCUUGCCGUGCUUCUUGGACCUUAAAUGGAAUCUGAUCUGGUUGGCGUAUGUCGGCGUGACGAAAA